AAGAAUUCACACCAACAAAUCUCACAUCCUAGCAUGCUUGUGGUGUCAUGAAGAUGUGGGGUAUCCUGACCUUUGCCUUCAUCCUGGCCAUUUCUAGUUGCCAUGGCUAUUUUGACAUUCUUCAGUGCUUCCAGGACCCUGAAUAUGAAGCUAUUCUGAAAACUGCCCAGGAGGGACUUGGUACCUCUGCCUCUAAGAAGCAUAUCCUUGUGGUAGGAGCUGGGAUGUCUGGAUUGGUGGCAGCUAAGACCCUUCAGGAUGCUGGACACAAGGUGACAGUCUUAGAAGCCAAUCACAAAAUUGGGGGAAGAGUGACAACAUUCCGGAGCCCAAACAAUGACUGGUACAUCGACCUGGGUCCUAUGAGAUUGCCAAGCAAUCACAGGCUGGUCCGAUUCUAUGUGGAGAAGCUUGGUCUAAAAAUGAACACCUUUAUCCCGUCCAAUAACAACACCUGGUAUUAUAUCAAAGGCCAACGACAUAGAACUUCAGAUGUGUUGGCCAAUCCCGACAUCCUGGGAUACUCUGUGAAACCCGAGGAGUCAGGCAAGAUGCCCAGUACACUCUUCAAAGAAGCAAUAGCUAAGGUGAUGGAAAAACUGAGACAUCAUAACUGUAGUCACUUGUUCUCUACAUAUGACUCCUUCUCUACCAAGGCCUACCUUCUAAAGGAGGGGCAGUUGAGCAGAGGAGCUGUUCAGAUGAUUGGAGAUAUCAUGAAUGAAGAUGCAGGCUACUAUAAAUCUCUCUUGCAGUCCCUAAGAAAUGAAAUUACCUACUUCCAAAUAGAUAGCUUUGAUGAAAUCACUGGUGGCUUUGAUCAGCUCCCCAAUGCCCUCUACCACACCUUGAAACCUGGCACUGUCUCACUGAGGACAACAGUGGAGAAGGUAGAAAUGGUUGGACCUCAGGUCAAGAUUACCUACCAGAGGGAAAGACCCUCCUCAGGCCAGUCCAUCAUCACAGGUGACUUUGCCAUUAUCUCUUCAUCAGCCAAGGCCACACGCCUCAUCCAGUUUGAGCCACCACUCUCCUUGGCCAAGCAAAAGGCCCUCCGUUCUGUUCAUUACACCAGUGCCACCAAGGUGGCCCUGGCCUUCAAGGAACGCUUUUGGGAACGAGAUGGCAUCAAAGGUGGAUCAUCCAUCACAGACCUGCCCACUAGAUUCAUCUACUACCCCAGCCAUAAUUUCUCUGGCAACAUAAGUGUCCUUUUGGCCUCCUAUACUGUGGGUGAUGACUCUACCUUUUUCCUGGGCAUGAAAUAUAAUAAGUUGGUGGAUCUGGUGCUGGGUGAUUUGGCAACUAUCCAUCAGAGAUCUAAAAAGGAGCUCCAGGAUUUGUGUGAGGCAUCUGUGGUGAAACACUGGUACCUAGACCCAUUCACCUUGGGUGCAUAUCCAGAAUUUACCCCUUACCAGUUUGUUGACUAUUCAAAAAUACUCUUUGAGCCUGAGGGAAACAUUCACUUUGCAGGUGAGCACACUAGUCUGCUCCAUGGCUGGAUAGACACAGCAAUAAAAUCUGGGAUCCAGGUAGCUCGGAGGAUACAGGCAGCCAUUGAUGCUGCUGCUGACACUGAUACUGAUGUGUCUUUGGAUGAGGGAUCAACUUUCUUUCAAGGAAAUCAAUGAAAAGUUCUAAAGGGCCUGCUUUUCAGAGAGUGGUCCUUGAAAGGUUAGAGGAAAGAAGCAAGUAAAAAUGAGAAGUGGGAACUAUGUGAUAUAGUAUAGCCUAAGGACUGGCAUGCAAAGAAAAUAAAUUGUUAAAAAAUAUUUGUGGGAAAUUGCCCAUAAGUUUACAGGCAAUUGUCCAUUACUAGUGACAGUGUUCAGUUCUAAGAAAUCAAAUGUUAGAAUCUAAUCACAUAAUCAAAAUAUCCAAAAGGCAUCUUAGAGAUUGUCUAGUCUGACCUAUACCUCACUAAAAAAUCCUUUUUGUUUCUCCCCAAAGUAUCAAGGAGGCUGAGUUCUCGUUGAUGAUCUCUGUGCACUGGGUUUGAAGAUAGGGCAGAGCAAAAGCUUGACUCUUUGGCAUAUUCAGUAAUAAAAGAAUUGAGUGAAAGUAGAGGGUAGAACAGUAAUACUUCUCCUAGUGAUCCUGAAAGGAAAUGUUUGAAAUAUAGCUGCUCCCCCAGACCUACAGUUUAGUGGCAAACAUCUUUCCCAGGACCCAUUCUGCCUAACAAAUGUGGGUUGAGAAUAACUUAGUAAAGUUCCUAGAGGAGCCUUCAGCUACUUUGGGUGACCACAGAGCAAAGAAAUAAGGAUAAGAGAUUUUAACAUUUCUUUGCCAUGGGAACAAUGACAAGCAUGGGAUCUAAAUCUAUCUGGUCAUUCAAUUCACCUCUCUAGCAGGAAAAAAAAAUCACUAUUUCAUUAAUGACAUGGUAUAAUAAAUCAGCAAACGUAUCUUCCAAGGAAUGAAUAAAUCAUAUGUCUUGCAUAUGUGUACACUGUUAUUUUUCAAAUGUAUAAAAUUACUGGUAUGAUCAAUAAAAUAUAAUUUUAUUUA